GAGCCGCUGCUAUGGCGCCGAGCUGAGGCCCUCAGUCCGAGCUCCGUGAGCAGGGCCGGGUUGGACGAGACUAGCCCUUCAUCCCGGCCGGCUACUUGGAGCCGGGCCCAAGGGAAUGCGGCCGUCGAACACCAACACUCCACACUAUGGAGGAUGAAGGAAUCUACUUGAACAACUUAUCUACCAGCGAUGAAGAUUGAAAUCACAUGACCAUUGUUUUUUCAAGAUGGCACAUGCAUGCAGUGCCAAAUCCUCACCUGCACGAACUGUGGAGCUGAAUGAAGAUGAUAAGGAUCAGGCCCCGAUUACAAUGAAUACUUUGCAUAUGACGAAAGCCUUCAAAGUUAUGAAUGAACUACGAAGUAAAAGCACACUGUGUGAUGUGACCAUUGUUGCCGAAGAUGUGGAAAUUGAAGCACAUCGUAUUGUCCUGGCAGCCUGCAGUCCUUACUUCUGUGCCAUGUUUACAGGAGACAUGGCUGAAAGUAAAGCAAAGAAAGUUGAAAUAAAAGACAUAGAUGGACAUACACUAAGUAAACUAAUUGAUUAUAUAUACACUGCUGAAGUAGAAGUCAAUGAAGAGAAUGUGCAGGUGCUUUUACCUGCAGCCAGUCUGUUGCAGCUAAUGGAUGUAAGAACUGCUUGUUGUGAUUUUCUGCAAUCCCAGUUACAUCCAACCAACUGUCUGGGAAUUCGAGCAUUUGCAGAUGUUCAUACAUGUACAGAGCUGCUGGAUGAGGCCAAUGCAUAUGCAGAGCAACAUUUUCCUGAUGUAAUGCUAGGUGAAGAAUUUCUUAGUCUGAAUCUGGAUCAAGUAUGCAGUUUGAUAUCAAGUGAUAAGCUGACAGUUGCCUCAGAAGAAAAGGUAUUUGAAGCAGUUAUCUCUUGGAUAAAGUAUGACAAAGAAACUCGCCUGGACCACAUGGCAAAACUAAUGGAAAAUGUUCGCCUUCCACUGCUUCCACGGGAUUAUCUUGUCCAGACUGUAGAAGAGGAAGCUUUGAUAAAGAAUAAUAAUACAUGCAAAGAUUUCCUAAUUGAAGCCAUGAAAUACCAUUUACUUCCUCUUGAUCAACGAGCUGCAAUAAAGACAGCGCGCACAAGACCAAGGACCCCAAUCAGUCUACCCAAGGUAAUGAUAGUGGUUGGUGGUCAGGCGCCUAAAGCUAUACGAAGUGUGGAGUGCUAUGACUUUAAAGAUGACCGUUGGAAUCAAGUAGCAGAGCUUCCUUCCAGAAGGUGCAGAGCAGGUGUUGUAUAUAUGAGUGGCCGUGUUUAUGCAGUGGGAGGAUUCAAUGGAUCGCUGAGAGUCCGGACUGUGGACGUGUAUGAUGCAGUCAAGGACAACUGGACAUCCAUUGCCAGUAUGCAAGAGAGACGAAGUACUCUUGGAGCAGCAGUGUUAAAUGAUUUACUCUAUGCGGUUGGUGGAUUUGAUGGGAGUACAGGAUUAUCAUCAGUGGAGGCUUAUAAUUACAAAAUCAAUGAAUGGUUUUUUGUGGCACCCAUGAACACUAGAAGAAGUAGUGUUGGUGUUGGAGUUGUGGAAGGCAGGUUGUACGCAGUAGGUGGCUAUGAUGGAGCAUCACGCCAAUGUCUUAGCACUGUUGAAGCAUAUAAUCCAGUCAGCAAUGAAUGGACAUAUGUUUCAGAUAUGAGUACACGUCGUAGUGGUGCAGGGGUGGGGGUUCUGAAUGGCCAAUUGUAUGCAACUGGGGGUCAUGAUGGACCUUUGGUGAGGAAAAGUGUCGAAGUGUAUGACCCGUCCACAAACAUUUGGAGGCAAGUGGCAGACAUGAAUAUGUGUCGGAGGAAUGCAGGAGUUUGUGCGGUAAAUGGAUUUUUGUAUGUAAUUGGAGGAGAUGAUGGUUCAUCAAAUUUAGCUUCUGUGGAAUUCUACAAUUCUAUAACUGACAAGUGGACACUAUUACCAAGCAAUAUGAGUACUGGAAGAAGCUACGCAGGUAAAGCUGUUGCAGGUGUUGCGGUUAUUGAUAAACCACUAUGACUCUACACUUGAGCCGCAGUUGGAUUGAAGUGAAAACUGAUUCAUGUUUUAUUGAAGACUCACCUAGGUUUUAACUAUUUAUAUUACUUGGAUGCAUGGUAUUCUGUGUGAAGCACAGUUACCUUGUCAAAAAAUACCAGCACUGCAAUAUGUGUUUUAAAAAGAAGAAUCAAGCAUGAACCAAAGGACAUAUCAAGAUAUAAAACAUGUUCACAAUUAGCACUGCAGGUGAUACUAAAACAUUGUGCAAUAAGCACAUGCUAUCGGCUUGGUCUUGCCAAGUGAUCUGGAAUGUCCAGUGUAGCCUUCGAUAGAGACCUUCUAACUGGAAAAUGUGAAUUUUCUACUGUUACAUGUGAGUUCUACACAUUAUUAUUGCUGAAAAUCAAGCUGCUGCCUUUGAAGCACAACUAUUUGGAUCAGAUGAAGCACUGUAUUACCAUAAUUAACAUUUUAAAAGGGAGAUGAACAAAGCAUUCUAACUUUGGAGGAGCAUAAAAGAUACUUGCCGUAAUUAUUUGUUUGUACUGAAAUUAGGGUGGCAUGGUGGCUCAGUGGUUAGCACUGCAGCCUCACAGCACCAGGGACCCAGGUUCGAUUCCAGCCUCGGGCGACUGUCUAUGUGGAGUUUGCACAUUCUCCCUGUGUCUGCGUGGGUUUCCUCCGGGUGCUCCAGUUUCCACCCACAUUCCAUAGAUGUGCAGGCUAGGUGGAUUGGCCAUACUAAAUUGCCUGUAGUGUUCAGGGGUGUGUGCGUUAUAGGGGGAUGGGUGUGGGUGGGAUGCUUCAAGGGGUGGUGUGACUUGUGGGGCUGAAGGGCCUGUUUCCACACUGUAGAGAAUCUAAUCUUAAAAAAAUGAAUUGCUAUUGCUGUUUCAAAUAAUGUACAACACCUCUUUCCUUCCUCUGACUUAAGAUUAGGCCCUCAAAUUUGAGAUCUGAACUAAAACAGGGUAUAAAAUUUGUAAGUUGACCCUUUGGAUGCCAGAAAGUUUAAUGCAGCCUUCAAAUUUUGUGAGCAUGCUAUUGCCAGUACAGAAAUUCUUUUGGACCCUUUUGUAAUGAUACCAUACUACAUAUUUUUCCAAACCAAAAUGGACUAGAACUGUCGUGGACAUUUCCAGCCAUUGUUAAGAUUAAUGACAUUAAUUAGCAUUAAUUGUAAUGUAUUUUUUUUAAAAAGACCCUUGGCCACUGAUGAUGUGGGGGUGGUUACAGGCAAGCUAGGAUGUCAUAGCUGCCCCACCAGUUGAUCUGGAGGAGGUGGAUUUUGCUGGUCUAAUGGUACACUAGGCAAAUUGUAUCUGUGAGAAAGACAAAUUGAAAGUAACUUGAACAUGGAUUAUAAAAAUAUUUGCCUUUAACCUCAAAUUUCCAUUGUCCAGCCUUUCAAAGUUUGUAGCUAAUUGUUUGACAAUUUUAAUGGACGCUGCCACCUGUGUAAUUUCUGACAAAAAUGCUAAAACUUUUUUUAAGAAAAGUAAAAAGAUGAUAAUAUUUUAAUACUAAGUGUAUUCAAAUUAAUUUUGGCUAUAGAUAGUUUGCUUUUGUAUCUGUUAAUACUAGGAGCAGUAUAGGCUCAAGGUUUUGAGGUUAUAUUGUAUUCCUGAUGUGAGUAGAGUUUUUUUAACCUGUAACACACUAUUUAAUAAGAUGGUAAAUGGAUAUUAACUAACGGGUUAUAGCCUUAUUUGUUUUGGGUUUUUGCUCCUAUGUGUGACAUCAUCUUAAAAACAGAUUUUUAUACUAUUGGCUUUUGACUUUUUGAAUUUCUUUCAUUUUCGUUUUCUUCUUGACUGUUUCCUUUCUGCACUUAAAAUUUCUUAAAAGCUUUGUAUUUUUAAAGUUGCUCAUUUUUCCUGUCAAAUAAAUUGCCACAGACUCUCUUGUUUUCAUUGUUUGUGCCUCUGUUUUCCCUUUUCUUCUAUGCUAAAUGAUUCUUCAGGCUCUAAGCAUUGAAAUAUAUUUCACUUUUAUUUUCUUUGUGUCUGUAUUCUGAGAAGUUUGAUGCUUAUGGACAAGGUUUGAUACUUGGGGUUUUGCAUUUUAAUAUCUCUUACAUCCAAUCCAUCUUUUCACUUAAUUUCUCAUAUUUAAGUAUUUUCUUUCCAUUAUUUAAUGUCAUGGUUUUUUUGUUACCUCAUUUCUUGUGUUUUUCUUUUGAAUCCUAUUUUACCUCUUUUUCCAUGUAGCCACCAAACACUACUAGUAAUAGACAGUAAAAUGUGAGGCUGGAUGAACACAGCAGGCCAAGCAGCAUCUCAGGAGCACAAAAGCUGACGCCUCGGGCCUAGACCCUUCAUCAGAGAGAUGCUUGUUGGACCUGCUAAGUGUUGAUCAAGACUUGCUUAGAAGUAUUACCUUGAGCAGGAUGAGGGGGCAAUAUGGAAAAUAUAAAAUGCAAUAGGAAAUGAAUGAAAUGUUAAACUUGUGCCCCCAUGGGCAGACAUGGCAGGGGACUUGUAAUCAAAUUAAUUGUUAAUGCAAAAAUGUUUAUGCCCAGCCUUCCAAAUUAAUCUGCUAAUAUGUGUAUUUGAAUUAGAAGAGGUGUAACAAUUAUGGAAAUUUAUUGUUUUCUUUGCAUACAAAUUUUUGAUUUAUGGUUCACUUGCUUAUAUAAUAACUGUUGGUUGGUUUGAAUAUUUUUGGCAAUUUAAUGACAAAAAAAAUUUAGUUCAGUACAAAUCAUGUUUGUGUGCCACUGAUUAUCAGCAAAUGUUAUUGAAUUCAAUAAUAAUUGCGCUUCUUAUGUCAAACAUAAGUUACUAAAUUAAUUUAUGGAUGUUAUUAAGUUCAGUUCUUAAACUAUUUCAUCCUAAGCAGUGUUAUAAAAUAACUCUUCAUCCAUAAUAGUGUCAUAAAACAUAAUGAAGUUGUAAUUCUGUAACUCUGACUUUAUUAAUAUGUAGUGGACAACCAAAUCAGGCGAAAACGGUCAUGCUAUAGUGACAGAGUAUGGUGUCAGGGAAUAAUGUACCAUUGUACUCUGCUGUCAUUUGAAACAGUGUUUGAAAUCUUUUUGUUUUAUGUUAUGAUUUGUUUUAAAUGUUCCUGCCAUAUCCAUGGAACACCAGACUGUGAAGCACUCCUGACUGUACUUUAUUUUUUUCAACAUGUCAA